AUGGAUGAAAUUGGCAUUGAAAUCCAGAAGCAGGAGCCAACCUUUGAGCAUGUCGUAACCGAGAAGGCGGCACUCUUCCAGGAGCUUCAAGAGGAGGACUUGUACAUCAAGUACAAGAAGCUGGCACGGCAUCUAGAGAUGCUAGACAUCCAGGAGAGCUACAUCAAAGAUGAGCAGGCGAACUUGAAGCGCGAACUCAUUCGCGCACAAGAGGAAGUCAAGCGAAUCCAGUCCGUUCCUCUGGUCAUUGGACAGUUCCUCGAGCCCAUAGACCAGCAAACUGCUAUCGUCGGCUCAACAACAGGGUCGAACUACGUCGUCCGCAUCCUUUCGACUCUUGAUCGCGAGUUGCUCAAGCCGUCUUCCUCCGUCGCGCUCCACCGGCAUUCAAAUGCCUUGGUCGACAUCCUCCCACCGGAGGCCGACUCGUCGAUCUCCAUGCUCGGGAAGGAAGAGAGGCCAGAUGUGGCGUACCAGGACAUCGGUGGUAUGGACUUGCAGAAGCAGGAGAUUCGGGAGGCAGUCGAGCUGCCAUUGACGCACUUCGAUCUCUACAAGAAGAUCGGUAUUGACCCACCGCGUGGUGUACUGCUGUACGGUCCUCCGGGUACCGGCAAGACGAUGCUCGUCAAAGCCGUGGCCCAUCACACCACCGCAUCCUUCAUCCGUGUAGUCGGCAGUGAGUUCGUGCAAAAAUACCUUGGUGAAGGUCCUCGCAUGGUCCGCGACGUCUUCCGGCUCGCACGCGAAAAUGCCCCCGCAAUCAUCUUCAUCGACGAAAUUGACGCCAUCGCCACGAAACGUUUCGACGCACAGACGGGCGCCGACCGUGAAGUGCAGCGAAUCUUGCUUGAACUGCUCAACCAGAUGGACGGCUUCGACCAGGGUAGCAAUGUCAAGGUCAUCAUGGCGACAAACCGAGCCGAUACUUUGGACCCUGCUCUGCUCCGUCCCGGUCGUCUGGAUCGGAAGAUCGAGUUCCCGCUACCUUCGCGGCGCGAGAAACGUCUCAUCUUCCAGACAUGCACAAGCAAGAUGAACCUGGGCCCGGACGUUGAUCUCGAAGAUUAUGUCUCACGACCGGAGCGUUUAUCCUCCGCAGAGAUUGCGUCCAUUGUUCAAUCCGCAGGUCUGCACGCUGUCCGCAAGAACAGGUACGUAGUGCUACCAGCGGACUUCGAAGACGCGUGGAAGGCGAACGUCAAGCGUGUCGACGAGACAUUGGACUUCUGUACGUUCUUCACUUCUCUGCAUGUAUUUUUAGCUCGCUGA